AUGCUAUGCAAAAAACUUUGUGAUGGUGGUGAACAUAUUGAAAUGAUUGAUUCACAUGAUGAUUAUAGAGUGAUGGCUGGACAGGGAACAAUUGCAAUGGAGUUCCUGGAGGAAAUUCCUGAUUUGGAUACGCUCUUAGUAGCGGUUGGUGGUGGUGGUUUAUGUUCCGGUAUAGUUGUAGCCGCUAAGAAAAUUAAGCCGGACAUUAAAGUAUAUUGCGUGGAACCAGAAGGGAAAAAUUUUCAGCAUUCUUUUGAUGCCGGUGAAAGAUUAUGGGAUCAAAAUGCAGAUCCGGUGAAAACAAUAGCCGAUGGAAUUCGAGUUUUAGCAAUCGGUGAAAAAUGCUUUCCGCCUAUUUGUGAAAAAUGUGAAAAGAAAAUUCUCACUGUUAAUGAUGAAGAAAUUACUGAAGCAAUGAAAUUGGUGUACGGUAGAAUGAAGCAAGUAAUUGAACCAACAGGAGCAGUUUCAUUGGCAGCACUAUUGAAAUAUAAGGAUGAAUUAGCUGCUCAAAAUUUAAAGAAGAUAGGCGCCAUAUUUUGUGGCGGUAAUAUCGAUCUGGAAAAAUUGUCAUCUUUUUUCUAA